AUGUCUAGUGGAGAGCAGGCGGAGUUAGAGGAAAGCGUGGGUCAGAACUUGCCCAAGAACCUUUUGCUCAAGGUCAAUCUACCUCUGUUUGUCAAUGCCGAGGCAGCCUUGGAAAUAUCGUCGCACUAUGAGGAAACUGUGACCGAUUUGAGACAAGCAUUGGCCGUUGUCCCCAAGACCAGAGGCUUGACUUGCUACGACGUGUUUUUCAAGGGCCACAACCUCGAGAAGAUGGGAGAAAUGAUCACUUUUGGCCAAGUCAUUGAAGAAUUGCAACUUGGAGAACAGACGGAAUUGUGCAUCGAGGUUUGCUUGAAACCGUACAAUUUGGCCGCUGCUUACGAGCAGAUAAUCAGGUUCAGAGAGAUUAUUGGUCUUCACUAUAUCGAUAAAGUGGCUGAGGAUCUCGGCGCAUCCGCUGGAGUCACCAAGUUCAACGCAAUAAAGUUGAAGCCAGUCCGAGCCCCACUUGACGACGACUCCGAAAAUGAAAAUAGGAAUGAAAACCCAGUUGAAGAAUUGUCCAAGGAUGAGCUUGCGCAGAUUAGCGAAAUUCUGAACGAGUUAGAAUUGACGUGUUCUCCAAGUGGUAACUUUGCAAAUGCCACUAAAUAUGACAAUAUACACGCAAACGUCAAGGUGCCCAUUAAAUCCAUCGCUGUCUCACAAUGGUCUCCCGUGCCCCCUUUUAGAAGAACAAAAGGUGACCUUUUAUACCUCACCAUUCAAACUUUGGAGAAUGAAACGUUCAACAUCACGUGUCACACCAGUGGGUUUUUCGUCAACAGGUCAUCCACGAUCAACUUUAACCCCUCGAUAAAAACCAAUGAUAAGGGAAAAAGUUUCAAGCAUGUCUUGUUAUACGAAUUGGUAUCGAUGUUGUCUGCUUCUUUUUCGAAAACCAUUGAGGAAAACGAAGUUGGCUUAUCGGAAUCCACCGAGCAUCCAGAAACCUAUCUUUUACCACACAACUCCUUUUUGGCCUACCCUUGGAUCAUAAAUGAAAAGAGUUUGAAAAACGUUGCCGAUUUUUCGAGAUCUCAACUCCCGUCGAUUAGCUACGGGGUAGAUGGGUCCGAUUUCAUCAAGGAGUGGAACAAUGAUAUCCAGUCCAUGAAGGAGUUGCCAAACGCAACGUUCCAGGAACGUCUUUUCCGCGAAAAAUUGAUCCAGAAAACGCUCUUUGAGUUUACAAAGAGUGCCACGGAGACUGCCGUCGAGAUAAUCAAGGGAAACAUUGUUCCCAUGAAUCCCGACGAAGAGGACGAUAAACAUAUUUAUUUGAAAAAUGGAGUGUUCUACUCAGCCGGCACCUCGACUGUUGACGUGUUUGAAAACAGUGGCGGCGAAGAAGCUUCAAGAUAUGUGUCUUCAAAAGACUUGAGCGCAAUCAAGCUAGCCAACAGACGAGAACUCAGCGGCAUUUCCACUUUGGUCACGUGUAUUGUGGACUUUUUGGGCAAGCGCGUCGUUUGUCAGGCCCCAGUUCCUGGUAUCUUGGAUUCAUUUGCAGGAGAAGCAGGAGAAGAUGAGGAAGUACAGGAAAAAGUCAAGUAUGGUUUAUCUUCCGAUGGCCAAGCCAUUCUUGAAGAUAGCUUGUUCGAAGCUCCCUUGAAACAGAUUGGGGAAGUCUUUCACUUGAACCCACACAAGGUGAAAUUGUCAGAGGAUCUCGAAUCCACCGGCGCCCUUGUCGUGUCGAAGGACACCAAGGGUUUGAAAGGAACGGACGGAAGAAAAUACGUUAUAGACUUGUACAGAACGACUCCACGCGACAUUGAAUUCAUCGAAGCGCACUUCAAAUGUGGAAAAGAAGAAGAAGAAGAAAAAAAUAAUAAUCACAAUAAAUCAUAUCCUCAUGGAGAAGCCUUGGUGAGACAUGAAGCUGUCAAUGAAUGGUGGAAACGCAAAGUUGCUGUGUUGUUCAAAGCUGAGACUGAAAAAUUGGAAAAAGAAGGUAAACUCAAGGACGGAGAAGAGAAAAAAUCUCAAAUUGCCUUGCCAAUUGACCAAGUUGCAUUCAACCCUGAUGCCUUUUCCUCUGAUUUCGAAUCUGAACAGGACAGAAGCGAAGUGAGAGAGAUUUCCAAGUUUAUUAAAGAAAAGUUGAUUCCCGAAUAUUUAGAAGAAUGCCAGCAUCUGUUGGCGCCUUUUGACGGAUCUCAAUUGACAGAACAAUUGCACAGACAAGGUAUCAACAUGAGAUACUUGGGCCACUUGGCUGAAGCCAUUCAAUUGAGAAAGGCGGACCACCAAGCAUCUGUUGACAAGUUGGUUGCCGAAAAUGAAGAGUUGAUGCAAAAGGCAAAGGAAGAAGAAGAAAGAGAAAAAGAAGAAAUGAAAGAAGAAAUGAAAAAACAGAAAGAAAAGGAAGAAGAGCAAAAGGAAAAUUCGUCAAAAGAUGAAAGUGCCAAUAGCGAAGAAAAACCUGUUGAAGAAAAUGGAGGAAAUGAAGGAGAUGAGGGAGAUGAAGUCCAAUCAAAGGCAACGUACGAAAUGGUUGUUGCCAAUUUCGAUACCCUCCACAAACUCGUCAUUCAAGAGAUGGUGGCGAGAUCGGUGAAGCACCUCUUGAGAAAAUCAAUGGCCUCAACUCCAACAUAUUUGGCAGGCCACGUUGUAUCCCACUUUAUGAAUUGUUUGUUUGGAGGUGAAAUUGACAAAACCCCUGUUGCCAACAUUGACGAAUUUGAGGAUUCUCUUUUUUUAUUGCCUAAAGACGCUCUUCAAUUCAGCUCACUCACCCAUGAACAAGUCUUGCGAAACAUUCAAGAUGAAGUUUACAAAAGAUUUAGGUAUUCAUUGCCCGAGAAUUGGCUCACCAAGGUUAUAAGUUUGCCUCAGUUGUUUAGAGAAAUUGCCAUCAAAUUUGGAAUCCAAUGGAAGUCCAUCAACUACGCAUUCACUAAAGAAGAGUUUGCAAAGAUACAGGCUCAAGAGCAAGAAGUCGAAGCUCGUACAAAGGCUCAGCAACAGAGCAAGUCCAAGAAGAAAUCAGAGGUGCAAACUUCAACAACAACAACAACAGCAACAACAACAAGACGUUCUACGAUUUUCAUUGCCGACGAUAUCAUCAACUUUGUGCCCAUUGUCAAGGACUCUUCCUACAAGCCAUCGAUUGUUGAUGAAAUCUUUGCCAAUGCUCGAGCCCAGGUGCUCUCUGGAGACAAAGAAAUUGGCUUGGCCAUGCUCGCAGAGUUGAUCACCAUCUACGAGUCUAUAUUUGGUAAAGUCAAUGCUGAAACCGCGAAAUUCUACAGUCUUAUCGCCAAAGUGUACCAGGACAUUGGACAAUUUGAAGAAGCAGCCAUUCUUGGCCGCAAGGCUGUUGUUCUUUGCGAAAGGUCGUUGGGUUUUGAUAGCCAUGAAACCAUCACCGCGUAUAUGAAUUUGGCUUAUUUCGAAGCUGGUGCCAAUCUGGUGGUGAAUUCCUUGAGAUUGUACAAACACGCCGUUGACCUUUGGUCGUUGACUUAUGGCAAAGACCACCCUGCAUUGAUCAACAUGUUGAUUAACGCCUCGGAGUCUCUAUUUGUAAGCAAGGACUUUGCUACAGCUUUGAAGUUCCUCAAAGAAGCGUUGACAUUGAGUACAAACUUGGAUGGCCAGCUUUCGGAAAUUACGGGGUUCAUCCAUUUCAGAAUUGCCAAUGUCUUGGUUUCAGCUGACCAAGUGGAACAAUCCAAAGAGCAUUUCGAGGCAGCUUACAAUAUAUUCCUGAAAUUGAUGGGACCAAAAGAUCCAAUGAGUGUCCAAGCUGGCAAGUACGUCUCCAACGUCGCCAUGUACAUCGAAUACAAUCUGGUGGAGAAGAAGAAGAAGAAAUUGUUGGCGCAGAAGUCCGCAAAUGGGCAAAGCAAAAAGAAAAAUGGCUCAAAUGCAAAUGGCCUCCACGAACAUAAAAACGGCAAACAAAAGAAGGAAAAAUCGCCAACUUCUAACCCUGAGAUUGCUAAUAAAUCUGUCGAGGAGAUUUUGAAGUUCAUAGAGGGGAAAGAGACCAAGAAGAAGAGAAGCAAGAUUUAG